AAACAUACAGCUGGUCGGCUUGCUCGCUGUAAAAUUGUACACUCAUGUAGUACUAGCUCACCACUUUACGACUGCACACAUUGACGAGAUUCUGUCAGUCGAAUUAUAGGAUGAAGACAAGCUUACGAUCUUCGCCGAACAAGUACCGUUCUGAGAAUGAAUUGCAACAUGGGCACAGAAGGGCUGGACGAAGUCUACGCGGGUUUGGAGAACCCACUCGCCUCCACUUGGUCUUCCAUUUGGGCAAGGAACAAGCACCCGGCCGGAGGGGAUCGUGAGCCUACUCCCAAUCCUAUAACCUCGGGAAUGGAGUUACUGCAGAAUCUUUCGUCCUGCAGACACGGUUUCCCCCCACAACCCCGUACUCGACUCCCGCCAUAUUAUGCACAUGGACGAAAGGAGCUCGAAAACAGAAGCGGACACAUGCACCAGACUCCAGACCGCCGGUUGAUGAUCUCGGUUGAGUCAGUUCGGGUAUGUUUUACCGACAGACCCUGGAAUUGGCCAUCGAUAGUCUUGAAAGAUUUUGAUCCUCGAGCAUUGCAUUUCGACAUUUUCGCAAGUGGCACGCAUACGGAUUCUUGGGUCAGAGGGCCGUUGUUCCUCUGGGUGGUAGGAUUGAUCAGGGUUGUUUAGCCGAUAGCGCAGCUGCAGCGCCUUGAUCCCUGGGUGGCCUGAGUUGCCGGGCCGUCCAAAAGAUGACAUGCAGGCGGGCAGCGAUGCCAGCGAUCCGUUGGGCUCUGCUUCCUUGAGUCAAGAGCGAGGGAUUUCUGGUAGCCAAGAGCCCAUUCUGUAUCGAAGGGUAGUAAUGACUGUGUAAGAGGUUCUGUAGCCAAUAGCAAAGCGUGUGAAAGUGAUACGCUACGAGAAUGUGCCCUUGAGCCGACAUCUACACUGGCAUCAAAAUCGAAUGUCGCGUGUUAUUGCGUGUUAUUGCG